AUGGACUCCUCCAUCGCUGUGAGGCCGGUUCACGAGCCCCGACCAGCGACACCCAUCUCCUCCGAUAUCGAGCACGCUGAUGGCCCUCCUCAGAAGCUGAAGGGCCGUCACAAGCUCCUUCAGAGCCUCCAACGUAUGUCUUCGUCGCCCUCGCUCGCCAAACUGGGCCGGACCCGUUCUUCCGAGAAGGUCUACCGGCCCAACCACAAGGCCUCCAUUUCCUGUACUUCACUCGGAUCGCCCACCUCGACUGUCUCUAUAUCCCCUCCCAACUCUUUCACCUCGCAGCUGUCCAAUGGCUACUCUACCGCCCCCACCACCCCGGGUUCGCCUGGGAGCGAGCGCUCCUAUUUCGAGUCCAACUUCCGCCUGCGACCCAUCGACCCCAGCGAGCUGUCCUCAGUUUCCGUUCCAAUCGAUAUCCGAUCUGCGAAGCCCAUCUCCUCUACCCUCCAUGAGAUUCCCGAGAAGCCAAUGCCCCGACGGCAGAACUUCAAUUUCUGGAGAGACCUACCCCACGAAAUCCGAGUCCAUAUCUUCGGCUACCUGUCUCCAAAAGAAAUCAUAAGGAUGUCCGCUGUAUCGAAACAAUGGCACGAAAUGUGCUUCGAUGGCCAGUUGUGGACGAGCCUUGAUUGUCAAACAUACUACACCCAAAUUACAUCUGAAGCCCUGAUCAAAAUCAUGCUCAAGGCUGGUGCGUUCGUCAAAGAUCUGAACCUACGAGGAUGUGUACAACUCCGGGAUCAGUGGCUGAGUCUGGGUACUCGCAUGACCAAUCAAGAAUGCCGGAACCUCGAAAACCUGGUCAUAGAAGGAUGCAAGAUCGAGCGCUCCAGCAUUCACUUCUUCCUGCUGAGAAACCCCAAGCUACUUCAUAUCAACAUGCGUGGAAUGCAGAACAUCAACAAUGCAACCAUGAAGAUUAUCGCAACCCACUGCCCCCAGCUGGAGGUCUUGAACAUUGACUGGUGUUCUCAAAUUGAUUCUAGAGGUCUGAAGAAAGUGGUGCAGUCCUGCCCGAACCUCCGAGAUCUAAGAGCCUCGGACGUUCGUGGAUUUGACGAUCUGGAUUUCGUCAACGAGCUGUUUGAGCGGAACACCCUCGAAAGAUUGCUUCUGCAGCACUGUGAUAGCUUGACCGACGAUUCUCUCGAGGUUCUGGCUCAUGGCAUUGACCCAGAGCGGGAUAUUCUGACCGAGCGACCCCUAGUACCGCCACGAAGACUCCGCCAUCUCGAUCUGAAGCGCUGCCGGCAUAUUACCGAUCGUGGUAUCAAGGCACUUGCAUACAACGUGCCGUUCCUCGAAGGCCUACGUCUGUGUCAGGACAGCGCUCUCACCGAUGAUGCUCUCAUGGCACUAAUCCCGACCACGCCUCGCCUGACCCAUCUCGAGGUCGAAGAGGUUGAGACGCUAACUAACGCGACGCUCACCACGAUCGCGUCCUCCCUGUGCGCCCGAUCGCUCGAACAUCUCAACAUAUCCUACUGCGAGCAGAUGGGCGAUUCUGGAACAAUUCCACUCCUCAAGGCAUGCCCCAACAUCCGCUCGCUCUGCCUUGAUAACACUCGCGUCUCUGACCUUACACUUAUGGAAGCCUCCGAGCAGGUUCGCAAGCGUGGAUCCACCACAAAGAAAUUUCAGCGACCGAAGAAAGGCCUCGAGCUUGUGGCCUUCGAUUGCGCCAAUGUCACGUGGGCAGGCGUCCGUGAGGUCCUACAAAGCAAUUGCCGCGUCAUGUCCGGCCGGAAGAAGUCCGUGGUGCAGACCACCUCCGCAGAAACAGAUCGCGAGAACGAGGACGGGGAGCCUGAAGUCGAGAACAUCAAGCGUAUUAUCGAAAUAUCUACAUUGCUUUACCCUGCACAGAUCAUUCACCUCAAGGCUUUCUAUGGCUGGCAGCAGACAGUGGAGGAGCACUACAAACGCUGCGCCACGGCCAGGUGGGGUGCAGCCGCCAGGCUCGAGCACAAGUGGGCGGAGUGGAUGGUGGCCAGCCAAGAGGUUGGAGCCGUCGGUCACGGCUGGUCCAGCAGAAGGAGACGCAGGCGUGCGCGAGAGGCCGAGAACCGUGUUCGAGAUGAGAACGAAGGCGGAGUCGCUUUCGAUGUGGGAACAGAAGAAGAGACGAGUAGUGGGAUCGAAACGCCAGGUGGGACAGUCAGGCCCAGUGGACGCAGACGCGCCAGGAGCGGCGGCUGUGUUGUGAUGUGA